AUGUUUGCCGCCGAUCGAAGACAGCGUGCUGCACGAGAUCAUUCAGAAGUUCAGCAACAUGGACGACUGCAGACUGGACGAAGUUCAGUUCUGCCUAAUGGUGGCGCCGAGCAGCACGCAGAACUGCUGAAGUUCGUGAAGAAGCUCGGCAGCGGCUCUUUCGGCGACGUGUACUUGAUUGUCGAGCGGCUGAGCGGGCUGCAGCGCUGCUGCAAAGUCAUCGACAAGUCGAACGCCACGCUGCCGGUCGAGCAGAUCCGCAGCGAGGUGCGGCUGUUGCGCACGCUCGACCACCCGCACAUAAUUAAGAUCAUUGACGUCUACGAGGACUACCAGAACCUGUACAUUAUCCAGGACAUGUGCACCGGCGGCGAGCUUUCGCGGCGCGUCAAGUCUGCGGCGGAGAAGCAGAAAAUUCUGACGGAGAGUUACGUCAAAGAGAUCAUGCAGCAGGCGCUGCGCGCGAUUUGCUACAUUCACGACCGCAACAUUGCACACAAAGACUUGAAGCCGGACAACAUUCUCUUCGCGGACAAAGAUCUGCACAGCAGCAUCAAAAUCAUUGACUUCGGGCUUUCGGAACGCUUCAACCCGAGUUGCCCCGUCAGCCAGAACGCGGCGGGAACGAUUCUGUUCAUGGCUCCGGAGCUGUUCCACAAGCAGGUGACGGUGAAGUGCGACAUUUGGUCGCUCGGUUGUCUGAUGUACUACUUGCUGACAAACCGGCACCCGUUCACGGGCCGCACGCACGCAGAAAUCAAGAACUGCAUAAUGCGCAAAGAACCCAGCUUUUCGUACUAUCGGCAUCUCUCGGUGCGUGCUGUGAACUUGAUGACGAUGAUGCUCACCAAGAACCCCGCGCGCCGCCCUUCGGCGCGCGACCUGCUCGGCCACUCGUGGUUCGAACUUUCGGACAGCCCUCUACUAUUUCGUUUACUUGCCGGUGAAGCGGUACAACGAAAUCAAGCGCGUGAAGUUGUACAACCACAUGCAGCAGAACGUGUUGCCGUACCGGCAAAACUUUGCCAGCCAGCUCUGUAG